AUGGCAUUAGCAGGUGCUACAGGAGUACUUGGAUAUUAUGGUGGUCUCUACUAUGGAAUUCCAAAGGAACCAUUGACAAAUCUUUCAUAUUUAGCUUCAUCCAUCGCUUGUAUUUUAGCUAUUGGUGGAUUAGCAUAAUAAUAGACAGCUAGAAUUGGUAAUAGUUUUGGUUGUUUGGGAGUUGGAUUGGGUGUAGCUGCCACUCUUGGAUAUAAAGGAUUCUCCCCAGAAUUAUUAGCUUAAUGGGCAUCAAUGGUUAUGUUAGGAGCUACCAUUGGAGGUACAGUUGCUACCAGAGUUGCAAUCACUGAUUUACCUUAAUUAGUUGCUUGUUUCCAUUCCUUUGUUGGUUUGGCAGCAGUCUUAACUUCUAUUGGUAACUAUUUACAUGUAUUCCCUCAUUUGGCUGAAGAUCCAGCUGCACUUGUUGCACAAAUUAUCAAUCUUCUUUGGUAUUUUCACAGGUGGUAUCACAUUCACAGGAUCACUCAUUGCCUUUGCUAAAUUGUAAAAUCUCUUGCCCUCAAAUCCAACAGUUAUUCCUUAUUCACAAUUAAGUAAACAUUGCAUUGGCCAGCCUUAUCUGCAGUUUUGCUGUUUGGAAUGACAGCUUUAUUAACAGCAACAGCUGCAAGCAAAGUGUUAGGAGUUACAUUAACAAAUGCUAUUGGUGGUGCUGAUAUGCCAGUUGAUGGGCAUUGUGUGCUAGAAGGUUUUAUGUUAGAUAAUCCAUUAUUAACUAUUGUUGGAGCAUUGGUUGGAUCAUCAGGUGCCAUUCUCUCUUAUAUUAUGUGCAAGGCCAUGAAUAGAAAUUUAACAAGUGUUAUCUUCGGAGGAUUUGAUGUUAAUCCUGCAGCCAUCUAAGCUACCAAAGUUGAAGGUACUCACACUGAAAUCAAUGUUGAAUAAGCUGUUGAAAUGAUGGUCAACAGUAAAUCAAGUUAUUAUUGUUCCUGGAUAUGGUUUGGCUGUUGCUAAAGCCUAAUAUCCAGUUGCUGACAUGUGUAAGACACUUA